AUGCCACACUCAACCCGCAGCAAGCGGCCCAGCGCACUCAAGCAAAAACGCCUCACAGUCACCGACGACGACGGCUGGUCGCACGUCACAACGGGAAGCAACGCCCGCCGCACAGUGCGCGGCACAAAAGCGACAGCGACAGCAAACGCGCACACAGACGCAGUACAUACCUCGCCUAUCCUUAGCCCCGCCGAGGCGCCGGCCCGCCUCACAUUGGACGAAUUGCAGGCGCAAUAUGCAGCGCAUCGAGAGCAAUGGACUGCAUCGGAGACUUGGAGGAAAUUGGAGAAAGUGCUGGAUGAGCGUGUGCAGGGCAUGCGCGGCACCGAGACUUCAGCUGGAGCUGGAGCCGGAGUCGAGGCCGAGAAAUGCGCCGACGUGGAUCGCAUCGUGUGCAUUGGACUCGGCAGUUUGAGUGGGUUCUCGCGCGAUGGGUGGGUGGAUCGGCGGAGUGUGUCGAUGUACCAGCUUGCGGCGCUGGAGAGGAUUAAGGAGCGGGUAGCUUCCCUAAACACCGGCCCCGCCUCGAGCACACCAACCGCGAUCCCCGUCUACGCACAAGACCCCAUUUUCAACAGCCUGGAUCGCGCGCUUCUAGAAAGCAUGGGCGUAACAGUCGUCGAGCACCCGGUGGCAUUUGAGAACGUCACGCGGAACACGCUGCUCUUCUGCCCGGGUGCAGAGAGGCAGCAUCUCGAACUGAUUCUGCCGUCGAACCCGGGCUUCGUGUUUGGCGGGCCACUGGAGAAUACGCAGUCGGAUGUGAUCCAGGGCUUUGUGGAGAGAGUGGGGUCGCGGGUAUUGGAGCCUUUUACGGUCAACGAGCAUGCGUUUUGGAGCAUGAGAUUGUAUUUCCGGGAAGAGAAGGCGGUUUGA